CCUCUUUACUCCAUAACACACACACUUAUCACUUUCCUUCUUUCUGGCCUCUUAUCAGCACUAUGUCCAGAGAGAUACAAAGACCUGUGACUCUCCCAACCUCCCACUGAUCUCUCCUCCCUUCUUUCCCUCUCAGGUUCCACCAUGGUGGGCUAUGGCCUCUACUAUUUCACCUACAGCACGUGGACAGGACGAAAUGUGUACCUGGAAGAUAUUUAUGUGAUGCCAAAAUAUCGGGGUCAGGGGAUUGGUUCCAAGAUUAUCAAGAAAGUGGCUGAGGUUGCCCUAGAGAAAGGCUGCUCCCAGUUCCGGCUAGCUGUCCUUGACUGGAAUGAAAGUGCCAUGGACUUCUACAAGGCCAGAGGGGCCAAAGAUCUCACUGUAGCAGAAGGCUGGCGUUUCUUUAGAUUUGACAAUGAAGCGAUGAGAGAGCUGGUGAGGAUGUGAGAUGGGAUGUAUCCUUUAGAAUCCAGAUAUUUCCUUUAAAUCUUCUUUUGCCUUCAGUUCUUAUUCAAGUACAAUAGAGUCCUGUUCCUGUGGUUACCUACUUCAAGGGAGGGGAAAAGGCUUGGGAAUCUAAAUAUUUUAAAGUAAUAAAAAAAAAAACGCCAAUAUCACAAAAGAAAGUGUUUCUCCUCUUUUA